AUGGAGUCCUGGAAGGAGGGAACUGAUUGCUGCUCAUGGGAUGGGGUUACGUGUGAUAGUGUGAGGGGAGAUGUGAUAGGCCUUGACCUCAGUUGUAGCUGGCUUUAUGGCACCAUUCCUUUCAACAGUAGCCUCUUUCUUCUCCCUCACCUGCAAUGGCUCAACCUCGCUUCAAACAAUUUUAACUAUUCCUCCAUUUCAUCUAGGUUUGGCCAGUUUGCAAGAUUGAAACACCUUGACCUUUCUCACUCCAUGUUUUCUGGCAAAGUCCCACUUGAAAUAUCUCAACUCUCCCAACUCGCCUCACUAGAUCUCUCUGAUUACAAUAGCUAUCUCAAACUCGAAGCAUCUGUUGUGAAGAGGCUUGUCCAAAAUCUGACCAAGCUAAGAGGACUUCAUCUCGAGAAUGUUGAGAUGUCCACUAUUUCUCUUGGUUCUUUCAUGAAUCUGUCUUCUGCUUUGACAUCCAAUUGUUUAUUGCGCGGGAAGCUACCUGAUCACAUUUUCCGACUACCAAACCUGCGUAAGCUUAUUCUAACAGAUAAUCCUGAACUCACAUGGUCUUUUCCAAUGGUAAAUUGGAGCACACCACUAAGGUUUUUGGAUGUCUCUCGCACAAUUUACUCAGGAGAGUUACCAAAAUCAAUUGGCAAAAUGAAAUUCGUACAACAUUUGUUUAUGAGUGAAUGCGAGUUUAAUGGGUCCAUUCCUGCAUGGAUUGGCAACCUUACACAACUCAUCGAUUUGGAUUUAUCAAUUAACAAUUUUGGUGGUGAGAUGCCAUCAUCAAUUUCAAAUCUCUUUGUACUCUCCUACUUCGACCUACGAUCCAAUAAUAUUCAUGCAUUACGAAUAUGGUUUGGGAAUCUCACGAGAGUUACUGAGAUUUUCUUUUGUACUAACAACUUUACGGGCCAAAUCCCAUCAUCACUUUCAAACCUAAAGAAUCUCACUUUUCUUGGCCUCAGAUAUAACAACAUUGGAGGCAGGAUUCCCAAUUGUUUUGCCAACCUCACAAAACUCACCGCAAUUCACUUGUCUUACAACCAACUCACUGGUCAAUUUGCUGAAUUUCAAUUUAGCGAUUCACUGGAGUUUCUCUCAUUAGAUAAUAACAGGCUUUAUGGCUCUAUUCCAAAGUCUAUCUCUAAUCUUGUCAACCUUUCAUUUAUUGAUAUUUCAUCAAAUGACUUGAAUGGCACUGUGGGCUUUAAUAUGUUCAAAAAGCUCAAAACACUUCUAUAUUUGAACUUCCGUGCCAAUCUACUACAUGGGGAGAUCCCAUCUUCGAUUUGCAAUGUAACUUCCAUUGAAAUCUUAGACAUCUCUUACAACAAUUUGAGUGGUACAAUUCCUUCAUGUUUGGGAAACUUCAGUAAUUCUCUUGUAGUCAUGGAUUUGAGGAGGAAUAACUUCUAUGGCACCAUGCCUGGCCUGAAACAUUUGCAGAGGCUUAUGGGACCCGUACCACAAGGAAAACAAUUUGGAAGAUUUCAAAACAACGCAUAUAGUGGAAACUUGGGAUUGUGUGGAUUUCCAUUGUCAAAAAAUUGUGGCAUCGAUGAGCGGCCACCACCACCAAUAUUCCAAGAGGACAACGCUCCAAUGUUUAUGAGUGGAUUUGGUUGGGAGGCUGUGUUAUUAGGGUAUGGAUGUGGACUGGUUUCUGGAAUAGCUAUGGGGUAUUUCAUGUUUAAAAUUGGAAAAUCUUAA